UCGAUCAGUCGAUAGGAUCGCAUGCAGUUCUAUUGUGGCUUCGCACUAAAUAAUAUCUAUCGAGUAAUAAUUAUCAUUAUAGACUGGCUGGAUUAAUCGGUACAGAUUUGGAGCAAUAAAGAUUGAUUGGUGUUUUGACUGAUUGUCAGGUCUUAUUGGGAUUGAUGUUUGUGCGUCAGUGAGAGGGUGCAGUAAAGUGUAGGAUGAGAAUGAUGGGUGAGCACGAGAUGGGGUAUGGUGACUACUACAACUAUGACGGCAGCUGGUCGGUCGCGCCCGCGGAGUACGCCGAUCCUGGCUACCAGAUACGGCAGCAGCAGAUGGAAGAGGACUACAGAUACAACUCUUAUGCGCUCCUGGACAGUAUGAAGAUGCCAGGGCAGAGGCCCGGCUUCCAGAUCUCGGACAUCCUGGGCCUGAACGAGGGCAAAGGCCUUGAGGCAGCACCCCCGCAGGCGCUGGGUGGGUGCUCCCUCGAGCUGCCCCCUUACCCUCAACACCACUACUCUCAUGAGCUGCUGAGGCACCACCAACCCUGGCUAUCGUUGGAACAUCACGACAGCACUGGUGUGAUUGGACAGCAAGCGAGCCCCGAUAGUACGUCGCGUGCUUCUGAGCUGUCCUACAUAGGAGUGCCCACAUCCUCCCCUCCCAUAAACGACUCUCGCAACGACCACGACCUAGAUCAAGACCAAGAUAACGACAUUGAGCACGACGACGAUGAACAGCCCUCGAACAACAGCUCUGAUCCGAACCUAGCACACAAGAAACGCAAAAGACGAGUACUCUUUUCUAAAGCUCAAACUUACGAGCUGGAGAGACGAUUCCGUCAGCAGAGAUACUUGUCGGCACCAGAACGCGAGCAUCUCGCUAGCCUCAUCCGUUUAACGCCUACACAGGUCAAAAUUUGGUUUCAAAAUCAUAGGUACAAGACAAAGAGAGCAGUCCAAGAGAAGGGCGCUCAUGAUUUAAACGUGGGAGGUUUGAAUUCCCCGCGCAGAGUCGCGGUGCCAGUACUGGUCAAAGACGGAAGGCCGUGCCUCGGAAAACCAGACGGUCUACCCCCAUUAGGAAUGUCCUUACCGCCGUACCAACCCAUGCAUCAUCAACCCCCAGUUUCGGGUCACACGUCCCAACCGAGCGGUUGUUGGUGGUGAUAAGCGUCCACAACGACCUAUACCAGUGUUUUACUAGUCGAAUGCCGCGGUUUGCUAUCCUCACUACGAACAAACGAUAACGAAAUAGCAUUACUGUCAAGGAUUGCGAACCAAGGCUACAAACUGCGUUAUUUAAGUAAAAUGUUACACAAAGUAUUGUUCAGUUAAAUGUAACUCGAAUACUAAUUACGAUUAGAACCAGGCCUGGAGGUUCUUUGGUAACAAGCUAAUGGUAUCUGGAGUUCCUAUAAUUAAUUGUAUUAUAAAUUACUACCUUUUUCGAAUCUAAGAAGAACAAACGUCAAGAGCUAUUUCAGUUUA